UGAUGUCAGCUGAAUGUUUUUAUUUACAGAGAGACUGGAAUUGUUAGUCCGUGAAGUGGAUUACAGAGGGCUCGGAAGUCACACGAGGUCCUUCCACCAGCUGUGUCCUUAAUCCAAAACAAAAUGUAAAGACCAUUAGGCAGUACCCAAAUAAAGGUCUUUGUGUAGUGGCAGACAGGCCAAAAUAAUCUUUGGAAAUCAAAACUCCUGGUUUUUAAAUGUCUACAGAAGAAUAAAUGUGUCUAAGGAUAUCUUUACUUGUGUCAAAUUCACAUCUAUUGAUGGACUAUUCCAAGCAAGGAACAUUCACAUUGCCGGGACAGACCAAAAGCAGCCCACUCAUGGAAAAAGGGGAAAGCUCAAAUCACUGUAGAGAAGAUUAUCAAGAGAGAGAUUCACUUUUAUGUUGAAGAUAAUAAAAGCAAAAUUAAAUCCUGAAACAUUUGAAGGAGGGAUUUAGUGUUCUUAUCAGGGAUAGGGUAUUAAAAAAUGUGUUAGUUAUAUUGAAAAUCGUUUUCCUUGGCUUUGCUACUAAUAUCUUUGUUUAUGGGGUAUGGCUAGCAGUGGCAAUGAGGUAAACAGAAGCAUAGCGUGGAACCCUGACAAACGGACUGCCCCACAACCUCCACGGAGUAAUUCAGGCAUUGCCUCAGUGAGUGGUGCUUACAGUGGGGCCUCUUCAAUAGGUGGUGCCUCCUUUCAGGAGACAAAUAGUUCAAGAGCGGAAACAUUACCGGAGAGUGCUAAAGGAAACCACACGCACUACAGGUCAAAUUUUGUUGACAACCGCAGUUGGGUGCAUAGCAGUCGUAAUUUGCAUAAUUGUAUAAACAUGGAUCAAAACAAUGAAGAAAAUGACAGUCGUUCGCCAGCCAGAGGCAAUUAUAAUUCUAAUUUACAUGAAUCAGUAGGACAAACUAGUGGUAUUCCUAGCCAAUCAAACUACACUGUGAACAGGGGGACUUCUUCAGCAGAGAGACGUGAAGUCGUAGCAGAGGUGAAUGAAACUGACCCCACAGUACGCACAGAUACAUCACAGCAGUCAACCAACAAUGAAAACAUGGCCCCAGGACAUUCUAUACAAACCCAGGACAUAGAUGUAGGAGUCAUUGCAGCACAACAAGAGAUGCGUCACGAGCCAUUACCCGAUCUUCUACACUCUCAUGUUAUUCCCUCCCACAAUUCUUCCUCUCCCAGGCAGGGAGGGCAGUCCCACCCUGGGGUUCAUGACCCGCGGGGAUACAGUCACUACCCCCAACACCGCCAUCACUCACGGCACCACCACAGGUCGGGGCAUCGCUCACAUCACGGUAGACGGAGGCACAGGUCUCGUAGUUCCUCCUCUGUGGAACCUGAGCCCUGUAAGGAAGGAUGCCUCUCGUGUUUGGCUGCCACCACUUCAUUCCGAUGGAUUCUCGUCAUUUUGUCAUUGUUAGGUGUUUGUUGUGUUGUGACUGGAAUUGUACUUGCAGCACUCCAUGCCACUGGGAAUAGCUUUCUCUUCCUCGCAAUAAUGUUUAUAGGUCUGGGUGUCCUGUUGGUUGUUGUGGUAGCAGUUGGAUGGAAAUGCACACCCAGAGGUCAUGAACCCCUCCAUGCUUUGUUUGGCCUUGGAGACUUUAGACACCAACAGGACCGGAGGUCAAGGUCACGUCGUCAUGGACGGUCUUCGAGAACAAGAGAGCAUCAGUGGUAUGGAGGGAUGAUGUAUCCAGAGUUUCAGUACAGACGUCCCCCUCCCUCCUACAAUGCCUCCAUGCAGGAUUUCCAACAUCAGCUGGCCCUAGCACAGAGCCAAAGGGAGAGGUUUCAUGCCACAGAGGAGCUCCCUGCAGAGGACUACAGUCUCCCUAGCUCUCCCCCUCCCUCCUAUAGGUCUCGAGCCAGCACGGCCAGGACAGGAAUACAGAUCACGUUCCCUCCCACCCAGGGAGACAACUCAAGACCCCCCACCUACAGAUCACAUGCAAGCACUCAAGGGCAUGCAGCUCAUCAAAGACCAUCUUUACCAGAUGACUACAUACAGCAUGGUAGUGAUGUGGCUUUUACAGGACAGUAUAACUCACAGCAACAUUCACGAAACAGUAGUGCAGGAAAUUUCCGUAUACAUUCCAGAAAUAACAGUUCCACAGACAGAAAUGUGGUAUCUACAGUGGUGGAGCCACAAGGUGGUGGUGCUGUGGCUGUGAGUGUUAGUGUGGUGCAAAGUUCAUCUCAGGAUCAACUUUUGGACAGUGCUGUAGAACAGACACUUCAGACAUUGGAUGCUGUGACAGGGGAAGAUAACCCUGCACAAGAAACAUCAGAUGACGAGUAUCCAAUGGAGACUCCGUUAUGAUGACAGAGACACUGUAGAUUUUAAUGUGAUUCCAGGAGUGAAUGGUGUGAUUCGUUAGCUAGUGGCAAUAAUUUUAAUCAAACAAGCAAUAUAUUUUAGUAAAAAGAAUUAUUUUUUAACCAUUCCAUAUGAAAAAAAUUCCAGAAACUUUUUAUAUUAUUACUGUGUUGUGUUGUUGUGUUGUGGAAUUACCUUUUAUACCAGAAGUAUUUUAAGUUAUUUAUAAAAUUUUUAACUGUACAAUAUUUUUUUCUGGGCAUUUUUAUUAUAUCUAGUGAAGAGUUCCUGUAUUAUCAGAAAGUUAAAUUGAUGUCUUAUUCAAAGUGUAUUAAGUGGUUCCUCUGUUUUUUUUUUCUUU